AUGCGCGAAGCUUAUAAAAGGCAGCUCAUCGGCUUCACAAAAUUUCCUCAAAUUUCACUUUGCAAAAUCGAAAUCAUACUGGUUUUUUUUUUAUUUAUUUUUUCUCUAAUUCCCUUCGUCUUCCUCGAUUUCCUCAACUGUAUUUUUCUGUAGAGAUCAGAGAGAGGAAAAAAGUAAGACCAAGAGAGGAAAAUGUUUCGUGCAGAGCUCAUACUCUGUUUUCUCCCCUCUGUUUUAGCUCUGUUCCUCUUCCUCUUCCUAAUACUCCUCAGAAGGCAGAGAAAUGGCGUCGAUCUUCCCCGCGGAACCAUGGGCUGGCCGUUCCUCGGCGAAACUGUCGGCUAUCUCCGCCCCUAUUCCGCCACCACCAUCGGCGAUUUCAUGGAGAAUCACAUCAAGAGAUACGGCAAAGUCUACAAAUCGAAUCUGUUCGGAGAGCCGACGGUGGUGUCCGCCGACGCCGGCCUUAACCGCUACAUCCUCCAGAAUGAAGGGCGGCUGUUCGAGUGCAGUUACCCGCCGAGCAUCGGCGGUAUCCUCGGGAAGUGGUCGAUGCUCGUUCUCGUCGGCGACAUGCACCGAGACAUGAGGAUGAUUUCGCUCAACUUCCUGAGCCAGAGCCGGCUCAAGACCCAUCUAUUGAAGGAGGUCGAGAAUCAAUCUCUGCUCGUGCUCCGUUCUUGGAAAGAAUCUUCCAUGUUUUUCGCUCGGGACGAAGCCAAAAAGUUCACUUUCAAUUUAAUGGCGAAGCACAUCAUGAGCUUGGAUCCGGGGAAGUUGGAGACGGAGAUGUUGAAGAAGGAAUACCUGACUUUCAUGAAAGGAGUGGUUUCUCCGCCGCUGAAUCUGCCUGGAACGCCGUACAGAAGAGCUUUGAAGUCUCGAACGACGAUCUUGAAGUUCAUCGAGCGGAAAAUGGAGGAACGGAAGCUGAAAAUCGAAGCCGACGGCGGAGAUUUCGAAGACGACGAUCUGCUCGGCUGGGCAUUGAAGCACUCAAAUCUCUCGACGGAGCAAAUCCUCGACCUGAUUCUGAGCUUGCUGUUCGCCGGCCACGAGACGUCGUCGGUGGCGAUAGCUUUGGCCAUCUUCUUCCUCCCCGGCUGUCCUGCCGCCAUCCAGCAGUUAUCGGAAGAACACCUCGAUAUAGCCAGAGCCAAUAAGCGAUUGGGGAAGACGGAAUUGGAUUGGGAAGAUUACAAGAAGAUGGAAUUCACCCAAUGUGUCAUUAACGAGACGCUUCGGCUUGGGAACGUGGUGAGAUUUCUUCAUAGAAAGGCACUUAAGGAUGUGCGCUACAGAGGAUACUUCAUUCCACGUGGAUGGAAAGUGCUUCCAGUAAUUUCUGCAGCGCAUUUGGAUCCUUCAGUUUUUGACCAACCUCACCACUUUAAUCCAUGGAGGUGGCAGAUGAAUGAACUGCCAUUGGGUAACUCGAGCACGAUGACGACCAAUAAUUUUAUGCCAUUUGGCGGAGGACCAAGGCUGUGCACUGGUUCAGAACUAGCCAAGCUUGAAAUGGCCAUUUUCAUCCACCAUCUGGUCUUGAACUACCAAUGGGAGUUGGCGGAUUCAGAUCAAGCUUUUGCUCACCCUUUUGUUGACUUCCCUAAAGGUCUGCCAAUCAGAGUUCGCCACCGCCCUCUCGUGUAAUUCUCUCGCCCGACCACCGCCUCACCCGAUCCUACCCUCGACAUUUGAGAGGUUAAAAAGAAAUUAUUAAAAAAAAAAGAAGUUAAUAAUAUUCUUGAUCUACUAGGUAUCAUUUGUUAAGCUACUACAUUGCUAAUGUAAAUUAAACGAGCCAUUCAGUAAUUAUUAAAAUAUAAGAUGGUUUUCCCUUUGUUGUAAAACCCCCUUUGUAUUUCAUAUUAUGUAACAUCUAUUUAAGAUUUUUCAUUUAA